CAACUACAAUAACAACAAAAAUAAUAAAAAUUUAUUUAAACAACAACAAAUUUUAGCAAAAGACGCUCCCUAAAAACAUACACACCCACACACAGAAAUCAAACUAUGGACCCUAGCAGACAUCACGAUUUUUUAGCCAAUCCUGAUGAACGUUCCAAUCGGAGCACAUAUUAUGGACGCGAAAUACCUGAAAUAACAUCACAUCAUUAUUAUGGACCCGCAACAACGACAACAAGGACAGUUAGCAGUAAUAGUACGCGAAAACCUUGUGGUUGUACGACAACGGGGAGUGGUUCAACGGCCGGUAGUAUAACGUGCAAUGGUUGUCGUUUAAAUCCACCUGAUGAGGGAGGCGGAGGAGGGGGAGGUUGGUCCACAACAAUGGCAACUAAUAAUCAAACGGAACAUAUGCAUAGAGGUGCUGCUGUGGGUGCGGGUCCAGGAGCUGGAGGAAUGGGUAGUAUGGCGGGGGACUAUCAUCAUCGUAUGGCUACUGAAACUGCCAUGCGUUCUAAUAUAAGACAAAGUCCUAUGUAUGCACCGCCACAGCAUCAUCAACAGCAGGCGCAACAUCCGCAGCAAAACAUAAAUCCUGCGAGUAUGUUGCCAACGCAACAACAUCCUGGUCAUGUGGGGAAUAUGACGGGUGUUAGAACAAGUUAUUGGGGACAUUCGAACACAACAAAUAGCAGUAGUACAACACAGCCAUAUGGCAGUGUUGGUGAUGAACAUUUAGAUAUUAGUGUUACACGACGAAAUGCAACUGUUCCCGCGCCACCACCUCCCCACCAUGACUAUGGACCUCCCUAUAAGACAAUGUCAAUGCCAACGAAUGCCACACAUUCAAGCCAACAUAGCAGUAGCUACCCGUUACCUACAUCUUCUCUGCACUCUUCAAAUCCUCUACACCAAAGGGUUAGUGCAAUAGCAGGAGGAGUUGGAGGAGGAAUGGCAAGUGCGGCUGCUGUUAGUAGUAACCAGGCCAAUACCCCUUAUAAAGAACAACGCAUUUAUGAUUAUCAAAAAUACUCUACACCUUCCACGGCUGCAGCUGCCACGUCUAAAAUGCCCUAUAAUCAAGCACCUACGUCCGCCAACAUGUAUGAGGGUCAUCACCUGAGUAGUCAGGCCAUGACUAAAGGUCUACCAAUCGAUCAUCAUGUUAUUAAUCCCAGCAAUAUGCCAACAUCUAAAGAACAACAUCCAAGUCCUAAUUAUGCCCGCAAAUGUCCACAAAUGUAUGCGCCCGAAGAACAAACUACUGCACAUCAGCAUCUAUAUAUGUCAACGCCUCAAUUUAGCUCGGAUAAGUUUACACGGGCAUCGCCUCAUCAGGCGCCACCACCACCACUACCCGCACCGAUCGUAACAAGUGAUUAUUCUAAAUUAAGAGAAAGUCCUAGUGGGAGUUCUUAUUUGCACAGCAGCUCCGAUAAAUAUCUACAGCAUAGUACGCAUUUAAGAGAAUCUCCACAAUUUUCCACACACUCGUCGACCCAACCAACAAACCGUAAUCCUACGGCGUAUUAUGGUGUACAACAACCACAAAAUCCCUCCAAAAUACUCCCACCGGAAAUGUCCUCAUCUUCCUCCUCAUCAGCCAUUGUAAUGAAACAACAAAGUCAUCAACAUGCCAACACCGCAACACAUCAACAUUAUCAGUAUUCAAAGAGUCCACUACCUCCACCAUUACCACCGUCCCAUAUGCAAACGACGCCACAAUCAUUAACCACUCAUAAUUCCCAACAAAUGGCAGCUCAAAAACAAACAUUAGUAAAUGUUGCCGGCCCGCCACCGGGUUCUUUACAUUCACAACGUUAUUUAAUGGAUAGUGUAAAGCGGGAAGAACUGGAGAUAUACGAAGCUUCUAAUCCAUCUAGUGUUCGCCAUGGGAGUACUAAUGCGUCUGCUGGUAUCUAUAUUAAUCCAUAUAAUACUCCACCACCUACAGUUGCAGAUAAUUGCUGUAAAGAGGUGGCAUUAUCCAAUUCUUCCUCGCCCUAUACUACCGGCUCGGCCACUCCCAAUUACCGGGUAGAAUCUCCACAAUUUUAUCCUACCAAAUAUGCCAAGUUAAGCAUGAAUGAGAAUCUAAACAGCAGCAAACAUUCGCUGCUCAAUCAAAAUACUCCACCGCCCAGUAGGGCACCCAGUCAAAGAGGGCUUCAGCAUCAGGCCAACUACUAUUAUGAGGGCAAUUCACAUUCGGCUCCCUCACCGGCAGCGGCCACAGCAGCCUCGCCUUCACCGUCUGCUCUGCUGACGACCACUUCUCAAACUCCCAUGCAUCAUACAGAGUAUAUGUCUUCUACUAUGCCCAGUGGGCCACCACCAGCAAACUCCUCCUCUCAAUUGGUAGCGGCAAAUAUGCCCUCUUCCUAUGCCUCACAACCUUCAUUAACGGCUCAGCAUCAUCAACAUCUAACGCAGCAGCAGCCACAUCCACAACAUCAUCUUCAACAUCCUCCCUCUUCAGCUGCAUUAAGACACAAUGAUCUAAUGAUAACGGUGCAACCUUCCACAACACAUCCCUAUGAACGUGCAAUACUACAUCCUAAUCAGCCAUCUUCGGCGGCCCCUUCCGCCUUGGCUCCACAACAUUUAAAAUCAAAAACGAGUUUAAUACAUCCAUCAGCCAAUUCCUCUUCCUCCUUAGCCCUACAAAUGCCCCCGGUGGGCAGUGCUACAGCAGCGAAACCCCUGGCAAAACAUCAAAAACCCAAUUAUCGUGAAUUGAUUAAUCAAAAAUUGGCUUUACGUAAUGCCACCUCCGAGGAAGAGCUUAAUAUGCAGAUUAUUAAAAAGACUUUAAAUGUGGAUACACAAAACAUUAGAGCGGUGCCAGCUAAUCCCUUAACGGUUAGUAAUCGAGCUCCAACGGCACGAGAUUCCAGCUUAAAAGCCUCUAAACCUUUAAACUCCGUAAUGGUAACACACAGUGCAUUGCCUUCAACGGCCCGUGUUAUUGACUUGCCGGAAGCUUUACCUGCACGUAUUUGCAUUAAGCAGGAAGAGGAAAAGCCCUCUUCUUCCUCUGGCGGCGGUGGAGGUGGUAGUACCACAGCCUCUUCUCCUCUAGAUCUCUCUAUGCGCACGGUUAAAACCAAGGCAGAUUCUACAGAAUAUAAAUAUCAACAAAGACCUUCUGCACGCGUAACACAAAAUGCCAGUUCUACUACCUCCUCCUCGUCGCCGGCAGAAGGACGUUAUACUUUGCCUCGAGUGGAUUCUACACCUAUAUUUUCGGUACAUGCUUUUGAACCAGCAGCUACUAAUCGGCAAAGCCACUCCCGCCAUAAUUCUUUGGAGAGAAGAAAUUAUACUCCUCCCACGGCAGCACAACAGCAGGUUACACAAAGUCCUAGUUUAACAGCUGGUAGUCCUUAUCCUCCGGCAUCCACACAACACAUUCCAACGGCUCCAUCCUCCUCAACACAUCAUCCUUAUGCUAAUAGAGAAACUGGAAAUAGUGGCCUAACAAGAAGAAUGGAUAUGCCUCCCCAAUCGUCUGCAUCCCUAAAUUGUUAUGAAAACUCUUUGGUUAUUAAAACAGCUCCUAAGAUAAAUAAUCUAAAUAGUGAUUUAGUGGUAAGACCCUCAACCAUAACAGCUGCUUCUACUGCUGCGGUACAAUCCUCCUCCACUUCCGCACAACCCAGCCGGCCUAGUGUUUUGGAAACCAAUCCCUAUGCUACGGUUAUUAAGACAGAGAACAAGCGUUACAAUGAAACACCACCCAUCUCUACGCAACAUACUUUGGCGGCCGUGGAAAGAUUGCCACCCGACACCAGUAUUAUGGCCUUGCCGGCCCGCAAUCCCUAUGGAGUGGUGCGCACAGCCAUACAAACAAAUCAUAAUAACAAUAUCUCAAGUUCAAAUCCUACACCUCCAUCAGCUGCCAGCAAUUAUUCGCUGGCCUGUGAAAAGAAUCCCAACUUUUUGGGACGUAAACGUCAUCUUCAAGAAUACUCCCAGCAAAUGUCUCUCAAUGAACCGGAGGCUAAACAUAAACGUUAUAUGGAAACGAGCACAAAAUCACCAAUAGCCAUGAGACCCGCAGAUAUUUCUGUUAUCGCAGUAAAUGAGGUUAAACAAGAAGAAAGAGAAAAAAGUAGAAACUUACUUUCCGAAGAGGUGCAUAGUUCGGUUAUAGCUUCCACUACAAAUAAUCAUAUUAUUAACAGUUCACAAAAUUCCAAAGUUAUUGUUAAUAAUGUAAAUGUAACAAAUCCCGGUAAUACUUCCUCCGUUUUAGUGGUUUGCAAACAAGAACCUUUAACUCCUACCGGUGAUUUAAACAAUUCCUGUUUAACUGCUUCAUCUUGUAUUAAAACUACUGAAAUGCCGGCAAAUUCCUUUACUGCGCGCAUACGUACUAAGGCGGAGUUGAAAGGCUUCACUUUCAAUCCACCAACACCGGCUCCAGCUAUACAAAACAAGGAUAUUUGUGAAACUAAUAAACCGCCAAACAUUCCUCCUGCCCAAUUGAAUAUUAAGCAAGAAGAGGAGGAGGAAGAGCAGGAAGAGGAGGAGGAGCUAAAGAAAGAGCAAAAACUAAUUCCUGCAGAGAAAAUUAAAGAGGAACUAGUUAGCAAAAUAGAAUUGCCCUCAAUACCCGGUUUAAAUGAUGAAUUUGAGGAAAAGAGUCUUUUAGAUUUUGGUUGGAGCAAUACUUGCAAUAACUUUAUGGAACAGCUGUUAACAAGGCCGUUGGGAAAAAAGAAAGUAACGACCAUUAAAAACUUAAAAGAAACAGAUAUGUUGGUGACUUCUAGUGAAGUGGUAACAACAACAUCUAGCAACAAACUGGAGAUAACAGAAAACAACAAUUUUUCCACUAUGGAAUCGGCAGAUAAUACCACACGCAGUUCCUUUACACGCCUAGAGGCACAAGGUGUUGACUCUAGUAUGACAUUUAAUAACAACCAACAAGAUUCUAUCAAUUCACAAAGUUCACAAUUUAACCAUAAAAAAUUGUCGAAAACCGAACGGGAAAAGAAACGUUAUCAGCAGGAAAAACGUUUGGCGGAAAGACUAAAAGCUAAAGAAUCCUCUUCAGAAAGUGAAGAUGAAUUGGAUAAACGUAAGACUGAACGUUUAAAGAAACCACCCAUGAAAACAAAACAUAAAAUGAAAUCCAACAAAACGCCGGGCACCAACUCAAAUAGUUCGGAUAAAAAUAGAUUUUCCGAUUGUGGUUCGGACUCUAGCAGCACAGAGAUGUUGGAGGAUAAACAGAAUACUAAACAAAAGUCAGCUGAUAAAAUAGAAAUUAAAGAAGAAUUAAAGGAAAUGGCGGAGCAAAAUGAGAAACAAGACAACAUAAACAAGAACAACAACGAAAAAUGUGAUAUUAAAUUAGAAAAAGAUAAGGAAGAGAAAGAAGAAAUAGGAGAAGAGAAUAAGAAAAAAGAGGAAAUUAAGAAACUAAACAAAGAGGAAAAGCCAUUAAUUAAAAAAGAAAACGUCGUCAGCAACCACAAAGAUUUGGAAUUGAAUAAAACCAAAAGAAAAGAGAAUAGUGCAGCGGAAACCACAGAAAAUGAAGAAGAUGAUGAGGAACAAGAUGAAGAGGAGGAUGAUGAAGAACAAGAGGAGGAUCAAGAAAAGCAAGAAAAUAAACAAAAUUCUACACAAAAAGGCAAAAUUAAUAAACAAGCCUUAAACACCAUGACCAGAAGCAAACGUAAACAGGAAUUGGAGCAACAAUUGGCCAAUAGCAAAGUUUUGCGUAAUGAUAAGAUAAUAAGAAACUUCUCCAAUGCCAAUUCUAGCAGCAAAAUCAAACGCAAAUAUAACCGUAAAUAUAACACCGUUAAUAGUCUUUUAGAAUCGGGAGGCUUAAGUCGAGAAUCGGGCAUAAUGAAAUCUACUCGCUUAAAAGCUAAACUAGAAAGAAAUGGCGGUAAAUUGAAUAUAAUCAAAAACAAUAAAGUGAAAAACAACAAUAAACUGUCAAACAACAAUAGCAAAGAUUUGGGCAACAACAACAACAAAUUGAAAAAUGCUAAACCGGAAAAUGUACACGAUCGUAAUGUUAUAGAUUUAUAUCGUUUCAAAAGAGCACUCAAAGUGCCACCCAGUUUGAUUAAUAUUAAACAUCCAGGAGCGCAUAAAAUUGCCGCCUCUCUACCGGAUUUGGAAAGACAUGCUGAAGCCUUAGAAGCCUAUGCCAAGAAACGUAAAAAGAACUCUUUGGAAAAACAAACAAAAUUUAAAAAUUCCCAAAGUUUAGGAAACAAAAUCAAAACGGAAACACAUGAUACCGCAAACAACGCCAACGAUAUGGAAGAACCUAAAUCCAUAAUAGAUCUGUUACAUUCACGCGUAACUAAAGCAUCUGGCAUGAAUGUGCGCAAUAAAACCACCACCACAACGGCGGUGUACAGGCCCACCAAACCCUGCUGUACCACCAGUUCUAAUAAUACGAAAUCUCAACUAAAUAACAGCAACAACAACUGUGGCAUGUUUAGUGAAACAUCUCAGACCACCGAGUCCAGUGAAUUGCAAAUGUUGCCGGAAUUGAAAAAAGACUCCGAUAUAGAGGAAGACAAUGAUGACAAUGACUCCACGAAUGGUGGCAAGAAAAGACAUUUUAGUAUAUUUGAUACUAAAGUUUUGCCCACAAAAACCCGCACCGAAUCCAAAUUACAGCAGAAGAAAGAAAACAUACGUGAGAUAUUUGUGGGUGAUGAUAGGCCCGCCUCGGCACCGCCCGAAAUGACACAAACACUAGACUCUUGUGAAAAAAUGACUUAUGAGCAGAAAUACGAACAAUUUCUGCAACAAAUGAAUAUAGUGGUUAGUGCUGAUACCUUGGGUAGGUUAGGACGUUCGGCUGCUGCCAAAAAACUACCCUCCACAGCCAAUGGUAGACAAGAAUUAUCCAGCCUUAAUAUUAAACAAGAAGAAAAUGAUACCGAAUCCACUGUCAUGGAUGGUGAUGAUCUUAAAGAGGAUCACAAAUCCGUACCCAAUCAUUUUCGCAAACGUCGUGGUAAAUAUCUAAGACGCAAAGGUUCUUCUGGUUUUGAUUACAUACGCAAAAAGAAAAAACCCACCCCAGCAUCAUCCACCUCAAAUCAAAACAAUACUCAGCAACAACAACACCACAAUGGUCCUCUUUCGAAUCUUCACCAUUACUCCAUAAAAUCGGAAAAAUACGAUAUGGAUGAGUAUGAAAAUAAAAUCAAGACCGAAGAUGAUGUUAGUCGUGAAAUACAGAAAUGGGUACUCAACAAGGGUGUAGGACAGAGUACUAUGCAUAAGGCGGCGCGUCAAGGUUAUAUAGAUGUGAUAGUUUAUUGUUUAGAUCGUAUGGGCAUGAAUCCGGAUCAAAAAGAUAAUGCUGGCUAUACUCCAUUGCAUGAGGCUUGCACCAAUGGUUGGCUAAAUAUUGCUCGUGUUUUAUUGCAAUACGGAGCGAAUCAUUCGGAGGCAGCUCAUUCGGGUAUACGGCCGCUACAUGAGGCUAGUGAAAAUGAUCAUGAGGAAAUUGUUCGUUUGCUAUUAUCCUAUGGUGCUGAUCCCUUAUUGGCUACCUAUUCAGGUCAAACUCCCUUAAUGUUAGCUUCAAGCAAAACAAUGCGUGAUAUUUUAAGUAAUCAUUUAGUAGAUGUACAAAGUAUGGGACCUGAACGUAAGCCAUGGCGUUUUAAUGGACCAUGGGAUAUAUAUGAUUCUUCGGAAUGUGGUUAUAAUAUAUUUGAGGGUGCACCAAAUACAGUAUGUGAUAUGAGCCGAGCUCUUUUACGUAGAGGUUCUUUAACCAAUAAUCAAAUGUAUCAUCAAAAUAAUAAAAAACUAAACAAUGUGCUCAAUACAACAAUUAAUACACCAACAGCCGGAGUAUUAGCAACAACAGCAGCAACAAACAGUUUAACUUCAACCAUACAGGCAUUAACAAAUAAUCUCAAUUCAACAAUAACUUCUUCUACAACUGCUGCUGCCGCCGCCUCUUCGGGCCAAAGUGCAAUAAUAAGUAAUGCAGCAAGUAGUGCAACAACUAAUAGUAAUACCACUACAACUACAACGUUACCGCCAACAACUGAAACUCUACAGUCCAAAACAAAAGUUGGAGAGUCUACCUCUAAGUCCAUGAUGGAAAAAUGUGCUGUUGUUUUGGAUAAUAUAGAUCGUUUCAAUUCUGUACGUUUACACAAUGAUAAUAAACCGGAAAUUUUAGUAGAAAAUUCCGAUAGCGAUGGUGAAAUGUUCGAAUUUGAAGAGGCCGACGUUUUACUACCGCCUUUGUAUUUAUUAAAGGAUGAGGGUACCCAAGAUAAAUGGGUAUUACUAAAUGAUUUGUGCAAUUUACUUAAAGUUAAAUCUAAGGAUACUCUAUUGAAUAAGAUUUAUCCCUCUAACUCGUCUUCAUCAGCAGCUUCCGUAGCAUCCGCUCACAAAAGUCUAAUGCGUGAAUUGAAAAUGUCGGAUUUCCUGGAGAAGGCGACAUGUUUACAGCUUUUGUGCGCCGGUGAAAAAAUAAAUAUAUGCGCCUCAAAGGUUGUCCUUAUAAAAUACAACGAGAAUGUUAGAAACUUAUUAGGGGUGAAAACAAUAUUAAUGAAAUUUUAGAAAUAAAUGAAAAUUUUGAAAAGGAAAAACAC